AUGGAGAUCAAGAGACGGUACGAUAGAAGCCAGGAGGAUGCCGCAGACAUUGCAGAGUACUUAGUAUUCUGUAUAGAGGGUCGCAAGGAGAAUGAGUUAAUAAUCAGCGAAGUGCAAGAUAUAGCGAAUUUGCUUAUAGACAACGAAUUUUUGAAUGAAAUUUAUGUUGAAAUUGGUAAUAUUGAAAGUAGAUUGGGUGUUGGGUCUGUUGAAGUUGAUCAGAGUGAUUCAGUAACUGCACAGCUGAAUGGAACUGAUGGUAGUGGUGGCGCUGCUGCUGAUGUUGCUCCUAUACAAGUGGAUGCUCUGAAUAGAGAAAUUUCUGAAACAAGUGCUUCUUUGGUUACACCGUCAGAUAGAGAUUACAAGCUGAACAUUGGUACAGAAGCCACCACCACUACGAUAUCCCAACUACCUUCUACUAAACCACCAACGGGACCAAAACGAUUAAGCGAAAAAGAAAAACUAGCUUUGAGAAGCAAGAGGUUUGGCGUGGACGCAAAUUCGGCUACAAAAAUAACAACAACAACAACAACAGUGCGAACAGGAAUCAAGAAUGCUGGAAUUGGUAAGACAAGAGGAGUAAAUGCACCUCGAGCUGGGGAUAGGUCAUCAGGAGCAACCAAAUUAGGAGAUAGAGUAGGUACUAUUAACAAGACUCCACAAGUUACUCAACGGUUGGAAAACUUUGUUAGACUAGGCCAUGAUAACGUUUCCAAAUUUGUAGCUCAACCGGCUAUAGGUAGAUGUCCAGAUCAUCCCAAGUGUAAAAAUAGAGAGCUGUGUACAAAAUCUCACCCAACAAAGAACUGUUUUGCAUACCCCAACUGUUCAAAUCCACCGGGAACUUGCAACUACUUACACCCUGAUCAAGAUCAGGAUUUAAUCGAAAAAUUGGCACAAAGUCAAAAGGAGUAUGAGCAGAAACAAAUCAACUACUUAUUAGUAAAACAAGGUUCAUGCAAGUUUGGUCCUUCAUGUGCCAAAGAGAACUGUCCGUAUGCUCACCCGACUCCCGCUAAUCCCACAGCAAAGAUUGAGACUUUGGAUUGGUGUCCUAAUGGUAAAGAAUGUCUUGAUGAAAAUUGCCACAAGUCUCACCCUCGUUCACCUAAUGUACAAGCUAAACCAAUAACACCACAUUCCGUUAUUGCAUUGGAACAAUGUAAAUUUGGGACUGGAUGCACAAAGUACAGGUGCCCAAGAAGACACGCGACAUCAGCUGUUCUCUGUAGAGAUGGCUCCAAUUGCACCAGACCCGACUGUACCUUUAAUCAUCCGAUCAAUGAGCAAUGCCGUUUUGGUGUAAAUUGCCUGGCUCCAUAUUGUUUAUUUAAACAUGAUCCAGAAAGAGUUGUUCCGCAGAGUAGUACUUGGACUAAUACCAAUACAGUAACAAACCGUCAGUUUGCCGUUACAGAGGACCAAGUUAUGGAACAGGUUGUACAACAAUGA